GCAUCCCGCUGCAUCCCGGCACUCCGUCCGGGAGGAUGGCAUGGCCGGCCGCAGCUGGGCGAGCGAUGGGUGCCCCGAGGCAGCAGCAGUCGCCGCGUCUUCUCUUAAACGUGGUUAUCGUGCAUUUCGGAGCGCAGGUCUGGCCGCAGGCUCCCCAGUAAAACCGUCAGGUGAGAACGCUCUGGCAGUAACGCUGGCGAUGCCCCGCGUCGGGACCAGAAUCGCCCCACGGCUCUCCCUGGUCCCCUCUGGGCGGCUGCUCUGGCUUUGAACGCUGUUCUCUGAGCCAGGAGGGGAAUUGCGUUUCGCAGAGAGGUGGGAGGAUGCUGCAGCGUGCCGGGGGCUGACGCGCGGUGCCGCCGGCCGCGGGGAGCGGGACCCCCGCAGCCCGCCCAUGCUCCCCGCCGGCUGCCGGGGCAGCGCCCCGUGACGAGUGGCGGUGGGCGCCCGCCUUGCCGUGGCCGGGACCGCAGCCGCCUUGUCCUUGUGCCAGCCGCCCCACCAUGACGAGCCUCUUCCGUCGGAGCAGCAGCAACGGCAGCUCGCGCGGCGGCUCCUCCGCCCAGGAGCUCAACAACAGCCGCCCCGCCAGGCAGGUCCGCCGGCUGGAGUUCAACCAGGCCAUGGAGGACUUCAAGACCAUGUUCCCCAGCAUGGACUACGACAUCAUCGAGUGUGUCUUGAGGGCCAACAACGGCGCCGUGGAUGCCACCAUCGACCAGCUCCUGCAGAUGAACCUGGACAGCAGCGGCUGCGAUGACAGCUCGGACUCAGAGGACAGCAUCCCCCCCGAGAUCUUGGAGCGGACCCUGGAGCCGGACAGCUCGGAUGAGGAGCCCCCUCCUGUCUACUCCCCUCCUGCCUACGAGAGCCAGGCAUUCGGCAGUCGCUACCCCCGCGCGCCGCCCACCCCGCCGCCCCGGAUGGAUGUGCCGGGGCCCGGCAGCACCCCAGCGCCCGGGCGCUACAGGAACUGGAACCCGCCACUCCUGGGCAACCUCCCCGAGGACUUCCUCCGCAUCCUGCCCCAGCAGACCGCUGGCACACAGGGCUCCCACGGAUGCCGGCAGCCCACACUGCGGGCGCUCGCCCCGCGGGGCCAGGGCUCCCUGGAGCAGGAGCGGCGGUGGAAGCAGUACCUGGAGGACGAGCGGAUCGCACUCUUCCUGCAGAAUGAAGAGUUCAUGAAGGAGCUCCAGAGGAACCGGGAUUUCCUCCUCGCCCUGGAGAGAGAUCGACUGAAAUACGAGUCAAAAAAAUCUAAGUCAACCAGUGUUGCUGUCAGCAACGACUUUGGUUUCUCCUCCGUAAUACCAGGUGACGUAGCCCCCUCUGUAACCAGCGAGGCCGGCGGUGCUGUGUCUGACGAUGCCUUAUUCAGAGACAAAUUGAAACACAUGGGAAAAUCCACACGCAAGAAGCUGUUUGAACUCGCCAGAGCCUUCUCCGAGAAGACGAAGAUGAGGAAAUCGAAAAGAAAACACUUGUUGAAGCACCAGGUGAUGGGGACGGCAGCUUCCACAGCAAAUCUUCUCGACGACGUCGAAGGACACUCGUGCGAUGAAGACUUCCAAGCACGGAGGCAUCAGCUCCGGGAGGAGGAGGAGAUGCCGAAGGAAGGGCAGUAAAUGGUCCCAGUGCUGGGGUUUAUUGCUGGCACACAACAUGCACAAGGCUUCAUAAGAAGAUGGCUGAAAAAGGAAAAAAACCACCCAACAAAUAACCCAGUUUUUUGGCUGUUCCCCCUCUGCUGUUGUACUCCUCCGAAGUACAAGUGUUGAAGUGAGGCACAAUGUUUUCUUACCAGCGGUUUGAAAACAACUUCUCCUAUCUAGCAAAUCAGCCAAAAAGGAAAAAAAAAAAAAAAGGAAAAAAAAGUUGGCAGCUGAUGUGGGCUGCUGCUGCUGCGGAGCCAGUGGAGCUCAGCCUUGGGAGGAGCAGCGUCCCGCCUGCUCUCUCGGUCUGAGCAGCGUCGCAGGAGGAAUGAAAAUCAGUUGUACUAACGAGGAUGCAUUCACACGUGGGAUCUGCUUGGCCAGAGCACUCCUGAACAUAUCUCUGUAGCGAUCUGAUGUAACUUUACUCUGCGCACACAGGAAAAAAAAAACCCACGUGAGAAAGAGAACCUAACAGCCGUUGUCUACUAUCGCUAGGAGUAAUGAGCAGAGAUUCAGAUCAGGUAAUAGUCAAAUAAUAUAAAUUGUUUAUAAAAGGAAAGGCCUUCUUUUCCUAGGCAUUUCACUUUGAAUUAAACCUUUGCCUUCGGCAUUGCUAAAACUGC